UUAGAUUACAAUACAUUUUCCGUGCGUUUGUUGUUAUCGUGGUACUUCAAGAUCGUAAUCCAUUACAAUAGUCAGUGCAUUUUACUAGCGUAGCUAGUUGAGGCUAGUUGUAUGCCCUGUGAAAGUCAUUGGUUCGUGUUUGAAGUAUGGUUUUGUUGUUAUGAUUGGUAGUAACGUGAGGGCUACGGUUUCCUAACUGGUAUCGAUACGUAACCAAUCGAUUCACUUCGUUUUCCUGUGGCCGUGCGACAUUGCACCUAGCACGAUUUCCUUAAGGCACAGAGGCAAGGACAUGAUGUUGUGAAGUUGUACCAUAAGCCAAGAUGGCUGCCGGCCGAAUUCCACUGGUGUUGCUAGCCUGCGGCUCCUUCAACCCCAUCACCAACCAGCAUAUGAGGCUGUUUGAGCUGGCCAGAGACCACAUGCACAGCACAGGUAACUACCAGGUUGUUAAAGGCAUUGUAUCCCCAGUGAGUGAUGGCUAUGGCAAACAGGGCCUUGUGUCGGCCGAGCACAGGAAUGCCAUGGCGAAGCUGGCCCUGCAGACCUCUGAUUGGAUAACGAUUGACAAAUGGGAGAGCGACCAGCCAGACUGGACAGAGACAGUCAUCACUAUGAGGCAUCACCAUGGGUGCAUACUGAAACAAUACCAGCAAAGCACAGGUCCAUCGCCCCAGCUGAAGCUGCUGUGUGGGGCGGACUUCCUGGAAGGCUUCCGCGUGCCGGGCCUGUGGCAGCCUGAGGACCUGGAGGAGCUGGCCGGCGCGUACGGCCUAGUGUGCGUGAGCCGCGGCGGGCUGCAGCCGGAGCGUGCCGCGCACGAGUCGGACGCGCUGUGGCGCCACCGCCGCAACGUGUUCCUGGUGCGCGAGUGGGUGCACAACGAGGCCAGCGCCACGGAGGUGCGGCGCGCCCUGCGCCGGGGCCUCAGCGCCAAGUACCUGCUGCCCGACGCCGUCAUCGACUACAUCGGCCGCCACGCCCUCUACACCGACGCCAGCGAGAGCAAGAACCAGGGCACGCCGCUCAGACCCCUGGCCAAGCAAUACCAGCCGGGGGGGACGGGGGUGGGAGCCUGGGAUGAGCCCGUCCCCCGUCCCCCCCGUCCGCCCACCAGGGAGGUCAAUGUGGCCAUCAGGAAGAUCGCCACCCUGCUGAAGCCCGACAAGGACAUCACGCAGGACGGGGACCACAUCACCAUCAAGACGCUCAGCACCUUCAAGAACUACAACAUGGACUUCACCGUGGGGCAGGAGUUCGAGGAGGACCUCUCAGGGGUGGACGACAGGAAGUGCAUGACCACUGUCUCCUGGGAUGGGGACCGGCUGGUGUGUGUGCAGAAGGGAGAGAUCGAAGGCAGGGGCUGGACCCACUGGGUGACCGGUGAUGAGCUCCAUCUGUUCAUAGUUCUAUAUCGGCCCAGCUUGCCUUCAGCCUCCACCAUGCCUGCGGACUUCAAUGGAAAAUGGAUACUGGAAACCAAUGAAAAGUUUGAGGAAUACCUGAAAGCCUUAAAUAUUGAUUUUGCCACGAGGAAAAUCGCCAUGUCCUUGUCGCAGACCAAAGUGGUCACCCAGCGUGGAGACUCUUUUGAGUUCCAAACCCUGAGCACCUUCCGCAACUACGAGCACUCCUUCACAAUAGGGGUUGAGUUUGACGAGUUCACCAAGGGACUGGACAACAGGCACGUCAAGAGUCUGGUGAACUGGGAAGGGGACAAGCUGGUCUGCACCCAGAAGGGAGAGAAGGCGAACCGCGGCUGGAAGCACUGGAUCCAAGGAGACAAGCUUUACCUGGAGUUAACGUGUGAGGAUGUAGUUUCUGUUCAAGUUUUUAAGCGGAAAGAAUAAACACCAACAUUUUCAA